GACCGGAUUCUGUGGGGUGGGGACAGCAGCAGAACGUCUGAUUGGAAGAAAUGUACAGUUUCUUUAUAGUUGCUGUGGUUCACACUAUAAUAGUUGGACUGGGAAUUGCAGUAAAUCUACGAUCUCUAGUGUGUCUUCUUCAACCAGUUAUCAAUAAAACAUACACUUUACUCCUCAGAUGUUUGGCCACCGUGGAUUCUCUGGUUCUGGCGUUUUUCUUCCUUUGCUUCUGCCUACCUUUCAUCAGCCGAGACUUUGCAAUGGAAGUGCACAACCAGUACCUGCAUAUCCUCUUAGCCAUCAACUCCACGUGUCUCGGAGUAACUAUGUACCUGCUUGUCUGCCUGUCUAUUGAAAAGUACUACAACCAAAGAACUGUUGCUACAGUAUAUAAGAGAUCACUUCUAAUAUACUUGGGGUUUGCAGUUGGGUUUACAGUGUGUUUCAACUUCCCAAAAUUCCUGGAACUCAACUCUAAACAGUUCUGGGAGGCAGACGAGUAAGU